GAUUCAACUGUAAUUUACCUCCAGAAUUCAUCAAUAAUAUUGACCUAGCAGUCAUCAACGAAAACACGCCUGUUGGAACAUCAGUAUAUCAGUUAGUUGGAAAAGAUCCAGAAAACUCGGCUAUAUAUUAUGGCAUUGAAGGAACUGAUCGGCUUGCAGUUAACAAAAAUACAGGAAUUGUUUCAGUUGCUGCACCAAUUGACAGAGAGAGAAAUGAUACUUUAAAAUUUUUUGUUACGCUGGAAGAUGUUGUGGGAGGAGGAAAUGACAACAACUUUGUGAAAGUGCCAGUCACGGCCCUCAUCCUUGAUGAAAAUGAUAAUGUGCCACGAUUUGAGCAAGUUCCUUAUGAAACUUUUGUUAUGGAGGACACUCCUACUGGAACUACUGUUUUUAGCAGAAUUAAUGUGACUGAUGCAGACAUUGUAGGGAAGGUGUUGAGUGUAAAGUGUGCUUUUCAUCUUCAGUUUCCUAAUGCAUGCAAAAAGUUUUUGGUUCAUACAUGGAAUGAAAGUUCGAAAAAUGUUUUGGCGUCUCUUGUUUUACGAGAACCAUUAGACUAUGCACAGCGAGAAAUUUACCAGAUCAAGUUAGUUGCUGAUGAUGGUCAGUUUAAUUCAACAACAGCAGUUAUUGUAACUGUGGGAGACAUCCAAAACCGACCACCAGUAUUUAAAGGAUCACUCACAGGAAUAGUAAAUGAGGAUGACCCAGUUGAUACCUUGGUGAUGAAGUUAAAAGCAAGUGAUGGUGACAAAGGAAAUCCAAGACAAAUUAUGUAUGAGCUGGUAUCAAACCCAGAAGAUUUUUUUGUGUUGAAUGCUGAGACUGGAGAACUACGAACGGCCAGACCAUUGGAUAAGGAAGUGUUUUCAGAUACUAAUGGUGUCAUUACAAUUCUUGUUAAGGCUUCUGAAAUGGAGGAUGGUAUUCAACUGGAUACUCCUAUUACAUCAACUUUAAAAAACUUAACCAUUACCAUAAAAGAUGUAAAUGAUGAAGCUCCCAAGUUUGACAAAAUAAGCUACACUGUGAACAUCAGUGAAAAUGUGCCAAAUGGAACUCCACUUCCAAACUUGGACAUGUUUGUUCAAGACACGGAUGUUGGUUCCAACUCUGUGUUCAACAUUCAGUUGAUUGACGAUUCAGAUAUCUUUAGUGUGGAGCCACCACUUGCUACAGGUUCUACUUCCAUAAGUAUCAGGGUUGCUAAUGGUCCAUUGGAUUAUGAAAAUCCAAAUCAACGUAAAUACAUAUUGCUGGUAGUUGCAGAAGAAGCUUUCACCAACCCUCGACUUUCCAGCACAGCUAGUGUAACAGUCAACAUAUUGGACACUAAUGAUAAUAUUCCACAGUUUGAACAUGAACGUUACACAGCUUCUAUCAUGGAGGAUGCUUCCCCGGGAACUGUUGUAUCAACAAUAUUUGCCACAGACCGAGACAAAGGAUCAUAUGGAGAAGCUGGUAUUGUAUACUCUCUCUUUGGAAAUGGAGCAGAAAGGUUCUAUGUAAAUCCAACUUCAGGAGUAAUAACUGUUGCACCUUGUGAGACACCAGGAUCAGGAAACUGUCUUGAUUUUGAGACCCGACCAUCUUACCUUCUAUCUUACCAAGCGACUGAUAAUAAUGGCCUUGGGCAGGUGGCAGUUGUAUCACUGACUGUAAAUGUUGCCGAUGCAAAUGACAAUCCUCCAGUGUUUCUUCAUGAUGUUUAUACAGCAAUAAUAGAUGAAGGAGAAACAGUAUUCAAUCCUACAUUGAAAGUUAAGGCUCUUGAUGCAGAUGUAACCUCCUUGCCUUCGUACAGCAUUACUGGUGGAAAUAAUUUGGAGCUAUUCAGCAUUAAUAACCACACAGGAGAGAUUCUAGUGUCAAAUCCUGCUGGACUGGAUGUGUCAGCUUUAAGAACAGAUUUGAUAAUACUGACUGUACAAGCAUCAGAUGGUGGAAAAGGGAUUGACACAGCAGUGGUUCAAAUAACUGUCAGAGAUGCCAACAACAACAACCCAAUAUUUGAUGAAUCUUCAUAUGUUGCAUCAGUUGCAGAAUCUUCAGCCCCUGGAAUGACAGUUGAACAAGUUGCAGCUACAGACUUGGACACAGGACCUAAUGCACAGUUAUCCUAUCGUAUUCAGAAGGGAGGUUUUGAUGAUUUUUUUAUUGAUGCUGACACUGGUAUUGUGAGUGUAGCACCAAAUGCUCAGCUUGAUUACGAACGAAGGCCUAAAUACAUUGUGGAGAUUGUGGCUACAGACAGUGGAAGCCCUAGUAGGACUGGAACAACAACUCUAACUGUGCAGAUCCUAAAUAGUAAUAACAAAAAUCCUUAUUUCACACCAACUACUCAAAGGGCUCAGGUCUCUGAAGGGUCAGAAGUAAAUGAAAUUUUCUUCAGACUUAAAGCUAGAGAUCCAGAUACUACCAGUGCCGAUUCUUUAAGAUUCUCUGUUAUAGAACCAAUCACAGCUCUCAAUAAAGAUGGUAAACAGGUUGAUGACACAGUUACUUUCUACAGGGAUUUCUUUAAGGUUGAGCAGGCAACUGGAGAUGUACGGGUUGCUAGAAAGCUCAAUAGGGAAACAGCUGCUAUAGUAACAAUGACAGUAGUUGUAACUGAUGUUAGUGCCACCCCACCACAAACUGGUAAAGGUACCCUCAUCAUAACUAUUAUAGAUUUUAAUGAUUUUCCACCUGCGUUUGCAAGACCUUGGACACCCGAACAUCCAAAAAUAACUAUAAAAGUAAUGGAAGAACAACCUAUUGGAAGUGUUGUUGCAACUUUUGUAGCAUCUGAUCCAGACUCUAAUAUUGCUCAUUAUGAAAUGAAGUCUGAUAAUGAUCAUUUUACUCUUGACAAUAGCUCAGGUAUUCUGACUAUCAAGGAGCGAGUUGAUUUUGAGCAAGUACAACAAUUUCAGUUCAGUAUAAUAGCUUAUGACACAGGAGUUCCUCAGUUGUCAUCUGUUGCUAAGGUUACAGCUGAUGUUGUAAAUAUCAAUGAUAAUGACCCUGUUUUCUCGCAGCAAACAUAUAAGGCUGAAUUGAAGGAAAAUGCUGCAGAAGGAACCCUUGUGAUAACUGUUAGUGCUACUGAUGCAGAUGCUGGAGAUUUUGGAAAAAUUCAAUAUUCCUUGAUUGGAGAACGCAGCUCAGAUUUCACAGUGGAUAAUCAAGGAGUUAUUCGAGUAGCAGCUGCUGCCAUGUUAGAUAGAGAAGAAACUCCUAUAAUCACACUACAGGUUCAGGCCACGGACCAAGGGCAUGACAUGAACAGUCACCGUUCUAUCUCUGUUCCCAUUUACAUUUCACUCAAAGAUGUAAAUGAUAAUCCUCCAAUUUUCACACAAAGAAACUAUCGAGCUUCCAUUGUAACCAACAUCCCUCUGGACCACCCAAGUCCCAUCAUUCAGGUCAUUGCUCUUGACAAAGAUGAAGGCCAUAAUGCUGAAAUCUCAUAUACUAUUGUUGCAGGAAAUGAAAAUGGACAAUUUGCUAUAAAUGAAGAAAAAGGUUCCAUCUACCCUGCUCAACCAUUUGAAGAUACUCUAAAAAACUACCUUCUUAGAGUGCAGGCUCGAGACCAGAAUGGUCGUGGUGGAAACUAUGAUGAGACCACAGUGAGCAUUGAAAUUGUUGAGGUCAAUCAGGACAAACCUAGGUUUCUUGUUCCUGCCUCAUUGAAUGCCAGCGUUAGAAUCCCAGAGAACCAAAGUAUAUCAGACUACCUCGUGAUGACAGUGAAGGCUGUGGAUACAGAUAAAGAAGAGAAUGGACGUAUAUCUUACUGGCUUAAGCUUGGAGAUAAAAAUGUUGAAGAGACUGAAGAGUUUUUUAUUGAUCAUGUAACUGGAGAGCUUAAAACCAAGAAGAUUUUGGAUAGAGAGAAGAAGCCUAAGUAUGAGCUUGUGCUAGCAGCAAAAGAUCAUGGAUCACCAAUGCCAUUUGAAACUCUUCAGUUUUUAACGGUUGAUUUGAAAGAUGUGGAUGACAAUAUUCCUCAGUUUACUCGAACACAGAGCACCAACCCAUAUGUUUUCAAUAUAGGUGAAAAUGCCCCUCCUGGCACACCUGUAGGUCAGUUGCAUGCCACUGAUGCUGACAUUGGAGAUAAUGCUCGUAUUUAUUACUAUAUUAUAGAUGGUAACUAUAAUGGUUUCUUCACCAUUGACAAAUUGCAUGGAGUGAUACGUAGCAAUGUAUCAUUUGACCGAGAAAAUAAAACAGAUUUUGAGUUAAUUGUCAAGGUAACAAGCAACCCAGACUACACCAUUCUAAAACAGUCACGACAGAAUGGCUUAUCUCCUGCAGACAGAAGCUAUCGUGAAGAGGAUUUAACCCUUGCUUGGAUACAAGUUAUUGUUGCAGAUGUCAAUGAUAACGUUCCUUACUUUACAAAUGAUCCGUACUUUGCAGGUAUCAAGUACACUGCUCAAGUUGGAGAUGUAGUGGCUACUGUUACAGCAGUUGAUGCUGACCAAGGACCAAAUGGAACACUCACUUAUCGAUUAGAACAAAUCAACCUCUUCAGGCUUGGGGUUUCUGGAAGUGUUCGUCCCAUCCCCUCUCCUUUCAAUAUCUCUAAAGAUGGUCGCAUAUCCACAACUCAGUUAAUGACACAAUAUAAUCAAGCUCGCUUUCAGAUUGUUGUGGCAGCACGAGAAGAUGCAUACCCUCACAGAGUUACUCAUGCUACUGUCAAGCUGUGGGUUUACGAACCAGAUCAGUUGACUCGAGUAAUUAUUGCCCAACCACCAGAAAUUGUGAAUCAAAGGAAAGAAGAAUUUAUCUCAAUUCUUUCCAAUGCAACGGGUGGUUUUGUUGUAAUAGAUGAUAUAAGGUACCAUGUGAAUGCUGACAACAAUCUAGUGCAAAAAUGGACUGAUCUUUAUAUCCAUGUUGCAAAUGAAGAUGGCAAGAUGAUCUCUAUUCCUGAGGUUAUAGAAGCUGUUGAUACCAAUGCUAGAUUGUUUGAAGCGCAGUCCAAAAUGUUACAGAUUCAUAAAGUGGUUCCAGCCUAUGUUGGAAUUGAAGAAGAACAGUUUGAUCUGUCCUUGGCUGUACUGAUUGCUUUGUUGGUUGUUCUGUUUGUAGGAAUUAUCACAAUGAUUGUAUGUUGUAUGUGUCUCAAGUCUUGGUAUGCUGUAAAAAUCAAAGAAGCUUUAAUACAUAAUGAUGAGAUCCAAGAACCAGGAAACACCACUGAGAACCCACUGUGGACUGAACAGAAACUAAAGCUUUAUGAAGAACAGGAACUCAGUAUGAGUGUUGCACCGGAUCAGGAACAUAUCAUUGUUACUGAAGCUGCCAUCAACUUUGGAGAUGACACUGCAAGUGCCAUGUAUGCAACACUAAGAAGAAGUAAUGCAGGUAGUAUUGGAAGUGUGAGCAAUCGAGGAGGUGCAACAUUAGAUCGAAGCACCACAAAUGAGUAUGCCACACUUAACAAUCAUGCUAAUGGUUCUGAACAACCAAUAAGUGACCAAAAAAGUGUCAAUAACACCUUAAGAAGACAAAGACAGCGAGAACCAGAUCAUCAUGAAUAUCAUGAACUCCAAACACCAGUGCCACCUGCUAGUAUAAAUGAUACUUAUGACACAAGUCGUUUUCAUCAAGAUAGCAGCAGUCCAGAGCCAUCUUCCAGUUUAGAAGGACCUUCUGAAGUGAGGCAUUCAAGUUUAACAAUUAACAAAGAUGGUGAACCUGUUUUAGUAGCAGAGUUAUUGUGAGUUUCUGAAGAGUUUAGUACCAUAAUACCCUCAAAACACUAACAAUACUCGGUGUUUAGGUGUGAGUUAAAAUAGUGCUUCAAUGUGUCAUUUAUUCUGUAAUUAUUCUUUGUGAUAAUUCAUAGAAAAUAAUUCAUACACUGAUCUACAUUUACCCCUGGAUUUCUGUAAACUAUGACUCACCUCCCAUUAUCAACUUCUUUAAUUAUGUCAUUCUUUGAAAUGACAUGCUGGUCAUACAAAUCUCUAUCUUAUAAUUAUAUAACUUAGAGUCAGUAUGUGUCACUAAAGUUAGUCUUUUAACUUCAUUUUAUUAUUAAUAAUAUAAAGAAUGAAGAUUAAAUCAAUUGAAGUAUUCAAUAUUGUAAUUCAUUAACAUUCCAUGUCUGCUUGCACUAUUUGCAUUAGUCAUUUUUCAGUUAGCUUUCUUAGGUAAAAACCAUAAGAUGCAAUUGUCUCCUGGCUUUAAAAGGACUUCUUCAAAACUUUUGUGUAGCACUCCAGCAAUGUAGUAUGUCACCAAGUUUUGUAUAUAUACUAUCAAUAAGAAUAUAAUCUAUAGCAAUUCAGUUGAACAUGCAUCAAACCUGCAAGUUUAUGAUACAAGUUGUAUUCAAUUGUUAUAAGACAUUACUGUCCAAUGCAAUGGGUUUGAAAAAUAAAUUAAGAAGUGAUUUGUUAAUAGAGUUGCACAGUGCAUAUUUGAUCAAAGUAAAUCGUUAAUGUUUACUCGAUCACUGGGCUUGAAGAAUCCGUAAAAUUUGACAGAAGUAUUUUUAACAAGAUGGGUGGGACAUGGAGUAAGUACUUCACAUAACUGUGUUUAACAAGACAUGUUGGACUGGGAGUGAGUACUUUGAGAAAACUGUCUUUAGUAAGCUAGGUUGGGUUGGAGUGAUCACUGUGACAGUUUGUUGUUGUUUUUUCUUAAGUAAAGUGAAUAAUAUUUAGCUUGAUCUAUCAGGUUAGUUGUGUUUUAGAUUAACAUGAUUUGUAUCUUUCAUGUUUAUUUUAUUUUUUCACAAACAAGCUCUGAAUAUUCACAGUUUAUCUUUUAUUCUAGAUGGGAACUGUUUUAAAAUUGACAUAGAGCUAUAUGAAAUGUCUUGUUGUUAGUAUGCAUCCUUAUAUUUGAUUACAUUAUGUAUAAUUGAUGCGUAACUGGUAGAAAGACAGAGAUGUUUUUCAAAGAAAUAAAUAACAAUCAGGGUAACCAAAUGUGUGUGUGUUGGUGUAAAGAAAUUGAAAAUCUGGGAUGUACAUGUAAGACUUUACACCAUCAAAUUAACUUCUAGAACUGGUUUAUGACAUUUAUCAUUAGACACUUGAGUAAUGAAAGAUGUAUCAGUGCUGUCAUUUAAUGGUUGCUGCUCUUGAUAUAAAAGUUUUACAACUGUGUGUUAGGUUUUUAUAAUAUCAUGAAAAUGUAUUCUAGAGUCUUUUUAUAGGUCAUUAUUACAAGCAUAAUUAAAUACUCUAGUGAUAUAUUUUUUAGAAAGAAAUAUUUAUUAGCCUAUAAUUCUGAAUACCAUAUAGUUUAAUGGGGUUAAAGGACAUGAUGACCCCACCAUGCUUUCACAAGGCUAAAGAUCACUUUAUAAUGGAAGUUAAGAAUAUGUUCAUUCAUGUGUUUGUAUGUAUAUGUGAUAAAAAUGAAAUAAAGAUAUACUAACUGUUACUAAAAUAAGUCAUUUUAGUCAUUCAAGAUUAUGUAGAGGCAUCUUAGAAUAUUUUCAAUACAUUAUUUCUGAUUUAUAAAUUGUUCCUGGUUUGCUAAUUUAAAUGCUAUUUAUAAUUUAUUCUAAUGUGGAUAAUGACGUUUUGUACACAAAGAACAAAGCAAAAUCAAAGAAUACUAGACACAAGAAGUAAUCAGGUCUCUUCUUUAUAAAUUAAUGCAUUAAAUGUUGUUACUAGAUAAAUAUUUAAGUAUGAAUUUUCGGAUAAGGUAAACUAGCUCCAAGUUAUUUGUCUAAUGCUCUGUUAUUCAAAUAACUGAUAGUGUUUA